GAGGCAAAUGAGAAGGCCACUAAAGCAGUGGAACUCGCAAAGGCAGCAGUCACUGCAGCAACGCAGGCAAUUCAGAAUAAUGAGGCUGCAGUUGUGUCUGCAAAAGAACGUUUUGAUCCUCCACGUCCUCCACGUCCUGAGAAAGGGAACCGAACAACAGUAACCGAUGAGGCGGUGUUGGUGGAAACACACGAACAAACUGUAACCGUACUCACUGAACAGGAUAAAACAAGGAUAAAUGAGAGAAAAGAACGUAUGAAGGAACGAACAGCUGCAAUAGUGCAACUGACCAAAACAAUAUCUACAAACACAAAGAAUUGGGGAGACCGCACACUUGACGCGCAGGAGAUGGCGAGGCAAGCAAGUGAUGCCCUCAAUGCGGCGAAGGAGUUGAUGACGCUGGCAGUGAGUUCCCUCCGUACUGUUGAAGAGACGGCUGCAGCUGCUGAGGAGGAACGAAAGAAGGCGGAAAGGGAAUGGACGCAAGACCUGUCCAAUAAAAUAAAAGAAUCCCCAAUACCGGUAAAAGAAAAUGGAGAUGCUAUUGCUGCUGGUGCUUCUGCCAGUAAGGACGCCAGCGGCAGCCCUGCGUUACUGCGUGUUCCACUCCUGCUGCUGCUGCUGCUCUCUGUGCUGGGCUGCAUGACCGUGUGCUGA